GAAUGAAGUUCAUCACAGACACAGUUUUAAGGAGCAGAACAGGAUCUCGCAGACAGAUUCUAAAAUCUGUGCUGCUUUAUCUCUGGGACGUUUACUCUGCGCGUACACCUGCGGGCAGAGACGUCCUGACUCUGCUGUCCCUCUGUUUCACACUCGCCAUCAUUACUGGCGGCCUUCUUCAUCACUGGCUGUUCAGGACUCUGAGAUAUGACCAUGAGGCGUCCGUUCAGACGGCGUGCAUCUACAGCGUGGCUGUGUUUCUGCUCUCGUUCCUGUGUCACCCUCUGCGCUGUGUGCUGACCAUGAUUCUGCCCACUGUCUGCACCAAACAGGGCCGCAAACUCCUCAUCUCAGCCUCCGUGAUGAUCUUGGUGCUGAACGUCAUCCCUAAUAUCACGGUGAACGUUGGCGCCGUGGCCCACAUCCUGAAGUGCACCGCUGAGGGAUUUACAAAGACUCUGUUAAACUCAUCUGAACCCUUGAACCGGGCGAAGCAAGACCUGGUUGCAGAAACCAUCAAAGUGAAACGGGAAGACUUGAGCUUCGUCACUAAUUUGAGGAAGUUGGACCAUUUCACUCACAUUGAUGUGUCAGAGGUUAAAGGCAGGUUUAAAAAGAUGAUUGGACAGAUGGAAGUCAACUUCUCCUAUGCCAGGAAUCUGAUCAGAGAUUGCAAACUGCUGUCGAACAGGAUCCUUGCUGCUAUUUUUGUUGCUCUACUGAUCUUUGAAUCCUCGUGCUACUUGAAAUCUUAUCUGACGUCACUUCAGUUUGACAAUGGCCACUUCUCCAAAGAGCUGCUGAAAGAAACGACUCCUGUCGGUGGCAAAAGACGGACCAAAAAUAAGAUCAAUGCCCCGUGCCGUAGAAUAACAACUCAGGAAUGUACCUCCUGCUUCAUAUCACUGGUCGUGGUGACGUUAUAUUACACUGCGAUCACUUUAAUUGUCGCUUUGGAUCAUAUUGUGUAUCAUAUAGUUCAGGUGGUUUUGCCUUUGUUGCUGGACUUUCCACCUACAUCUGCCAGCAUAAGUGUCAGUUAUAAGGUUCAGUGGUUCGCCCCCGCUCUCUGUCUCAUCCCACAAUACUGCGUCACACAAGAGUUGACAAACUUCCACAGGGACUACAAGUGGACCUUCAGCCCCGAGCCAUCGCUCUGCGACGUGACAACUUCAGCACCGAACCUGGGAGUCACCCUCCUGCUGGGCUGUCUCUGGCUGAUGAGCUACUCCCUGGUGUUCCUGGAGGUCUACGCCAGACGGCUGCGCAGGAAAAUCUCUGCAUCUUUUUUCAGAGAGCAGCAGGGGAGGAGAAUGGCCUACUUGAUGAAGAAAGUGCAGGCAAAGCAGAAUGUAAAGGAGCAGGAAGAGACAGUUUCUGUAGAGGUUGACAGUGGGUGAAGUUGUCACUGCAGUGUUUGACUUUCAGAUUUCAAGAAUAAAAUAUUGAUUAUAAUAUAAUCAGGUGGGGUGCCGUGAAGCUGAAUGAGACCUAUUGAUUUGUGUGUUUGCUUUUCCUGCCAUGCCAACAUGAGGUGACCAGCAGAGAAAUGUCUUCACAGCUACUGAACAGACUUUUUUGAAAGUUGUGCACAGACUAUGGAUCCUUGUGACUUUUGUGAUCCCUUGAUUUGUCAGACAGCACCACCCAAUGGUCACAGUCUUCACGUUAUGAACUCUUGAUUCCUGAACCUACAUAUUUAUUGACUGGUGAUCUCCUGACUGCCUUUGCACGUUCUCCCUGUGUGUGUGUGUGUGUGUGUGUGUGUGUGUGUGUU